AUGGCGGCCGCGGGGGGCGGCCCGGGGGCGGCCGCGGAGACGCCGCCCGCCAGCGCCGCGGGAGUCGCCGCCGCCGAGGCCGGCGCGGUGCUGCAGCGGGAGCCGCUGUACAACUGGCAGGCCACCAAGGGCUCGCUGCGGGAGCGCUUCGCCUUCCUCUUCUCCAACGAGCUGCUCAGCGACGUGCACUUCGUGGUGGGCAAGGGCAGCGCCCGCGGCGGGGCGGCGCCCCCCGGGCCCGGCCAGCAGCGCAUCCCCGCCCACCGGUUCGUGCUGGCGGCCGGCAGCGCCGUGUUCGACGCGAUGUUCAACGGCGGCAUGGCCACCACCUCGGCCGAGAUCGAGCUGCCCGACGUGGAGCCCGCCGCCUUCCUGGCGCUCCUCAGGUUUCUUUAUUCAGAUGAAGUCCAAAUUGGUCCAGAAACAGUCAUGACUACUUUAUACACUGCUAAAAAGUAUGCAGUCCCUGCCCUGGAAGCACAUUGUGUGGAUUUCCUAACAAAGCAUCUCCGAGCAGAUAAUGCCUUUAUGCUGCUUACUCAAGCUCGUUUGUUUGAUGAACCUCAGCUUGCUAGUCUUUGUCUCGACACAAUAGACAAAAGCACUAUGGAUGCCAUAAGUGCAGAAGGCUUUACAGAUAUCGACAUAGACACAUUAUGUGCGGUUCUAGAAAGGGACACUCUCAGUAUUCGGGAAAGUAGGCUCUUUGGAGCUGUUGUUCGCUGGGCAGAAGCAGAAUGUCAAAGACAACAACUGCCUGUGACAUUCGGGAACAAACAAAAAGUCCUUGGAAGAGCUCUUUCCUUAAUCCGUUUUCCAUUAAUGACAAUUGAAGAGUUUGCAGCUGGCCCUGCUCAAUCUGGAAUCUUGUCGGAUCGGGAAGUAGUAAAUCUCUUUCUGCACUUUACUGUCAAUCCUAAACCUAAAGUAGAUUAUAUUGACCGACCAAGGUGUUGCCUUAGAGGAAAAGAAUGCAGCAUUAACAGGUUCCAGCAGGUGGAGAGUCGCUGGGGCUACAGUGGAACAAGUGACCGGAUUAGGUUCACAGUUAACAGAAGAAUUUCUAUAGUGGGAUUUGGAUUAUAUGGAUCUAUUCAUGGACCCACAGACUAUCAAGUUAAUAUACAGAUAAUUGAUUAUGAGAAGAACCAAACGCUGGGACAGAACGACACUGGAUUUAGCUGUGACGGAACAGCCAGUACCUUCAGAGUUAUGUUCAAAGAGCCCAUAGAGAUUCUGCCCACCGUUUGCUACACAGCUUGUGCAACCUUGAAAGGUCCUGAUUCCCACUAUGGAACAAAAGGUUUGAAGAAAGUGAUCCAUGAAUCUCCUACUGCUAGCAAAACAUGCUUUGUCUUUUAUAGUUCACCAGGUAACAACAAUGGUACAUCAAUAGAAGAUGGACAGAUACCAGAAAUAAUAUUUUAUACUUAGUUUCACAUGAUGAUCUGGAAUGUGUUGGUGUCUCAGUGGACUUCAGCUCACUAUUGGCAGCAGUUAAAAAAUUCUGUUAAAUUACUUUAAUGUAUAAAAACAAAACUAAUUUGUUUGAGGGGUACCAGAAAAGCUUUUUUUUCCCUGCAUCAUUAUUGGUAGACUGUAAUUUAGCUUUUCCUCUAAAUGAAAUGUUAAGUGGAAUAAGUACUCUGUAUAUUGAAAAGUUUGUUUUAAGUAGUACCUUAUGGUUAAUUACUUUGUGUUUUCACCCCUUUGUUUCUCAUGUAGUAAAAUUCAGUUUUUGAACUGGAAAAUUACUUGUUAUGAACAACUUGUGUAUGUUUUCUCCAAUCUGUCCUUAAAAGACAGUAAAGUUGCUGCUGUAGUCACAUCUUGCACUUCUUUCCAAAAUGACCUUGGAUUGACCCUAUGGACAUGGACUGCUAUUUUUUGAAGUACAUCAGCAAAGCUGCAUUCAUA